AUGACAAUAUGUUUCGGUGAUGAUUCAUUCAUCAGUAGCAACUCUCUAUCUUCAAUGGAGGAAACCAACUCUCCGAAUUCAAAUAAUAUCAAAGCAUCAUCUGCUGCCAUUGUACAUACAACAACUUCUUACAAUAACAAUUCAACAACAGGCAACAACCUAGAACAAAUUCUCAUCAUUUCCCUCUCAUCAGGUUUGGGCGGUUUUUUCUUGGUGUUGCUUUUAAUUGGCGCCGUUUUUGUGUUCAUCAAAAUUUACUGUAAAAGAAAAAGUAAUAACAAGAAGAAGAUUCAUAGUCAUCGUGAUGGUAUUGCUAUUCGUGUUGGAGAUGAUGAAGAUGGAAUUUCCUCUGUGAUGGAUGGCCAAUCAAAUGAUGGAAGUAUAGCUGGGAGUUUUUCAAGGAAUGAAGAUGAUUCCGGUCGACUAUUGAAAAACAGAGUUUCAUCACAACAAGUAAUGAGUAUUGAUAAUGAUGAUCAAUAUAGAAUUGAUACGACGAGAUUUAUGGAGGGUGGAGGACAUGAUAAUUAUCAAUUUCCUACACCUCAACAUCAACAACAACAGGAAAAUAAUGGAAAAUAUCACAGAAAAUUCAAUUCGUCACCCUCUUCAUCUCCUCUGAUUAAUAGGGAGGAUAUUGGUGGAUUGGUAAAUUAUCAGACCGUUCCUAGCACUAGUUUACUUCUCUCAAUGAUUCAACAAGACUCAAAGAAGCCAACAAUAAUGGGAUGUGAUGACUAUUUGGGUGAGCAAAAUGUUGCCAACUCUGAAUUAUUGAUACAUAUUCGAAAUCACCAUAUUCCGAAAUGUGUUUCUUCUAUUAGAAAUACAAAUGUGGAAAGUGCAAAUUGUGUGAAUUGGUCAUGCCAUGAAAGUGGUGAUAUUUCAAAGGAAUUAAUAUUGAAGGAUAGUGUGUCGGUAGAAAAUUCAAAUUUUGAACUAGAGCAUUUGAAAUCCAUUACUCUCACUGGUUUGUUCAAAUUAUCAGAAACAAAUGAUAAUAUCAGAAGAGUAUUAUUCGAUUUGCAUCUAUACAUUUUUCCAAAUACUCAUUUAUUUGUUAAUUCAUUACUUUCCCUUGAAGAUUGUGAACUUAGAAAGUCCUUUAUUGAAUACUUUUUAAGAUAUUAUUCUAGAGAUUUGGAUUCCUUUGAUGAAUAUUGCACACUAUCCGAAUUGGUUGGAGUUAAGAUUAAUCAGGAAAAUUUCAAAAACUCGUGCAUACAUUAUGCUAAUGAGUUUAGGUCGUGGUCGUAUCCUAAUACCUUCACAUCAUGGAGUGAAUUUUUAAAAUCUUUUGAAGGUUCCUUUGAGGCAUCUUCAACACCUAAUCAUCCUUCAAACAAGAAAAUAGAACUCGACAAGUCAAUAAUCAAACCUAUUGCUUCAUACCUUGAUGAGUUUAGUCUCAUUAAAUCUCCCCUGGUGUUGAGUAUUGCCAACCCAGAAAUUAUUGCACAACACUUAACAGCUAUGGAUGCCCUGCUGUUGAGAAAUGUUAAUAUUCACAAGGAGCUCACUUUGGAAAGAUAUGCUAAUGUUAAUUGCCAAACUACACCACUCUACAAAACAGAUUUACAAUAUUCUACCUCACAAUGCCCAUCACUAUCACUCUACAUUGACUACUUUAACAAGCUCGGAAUUUUUGUAAAAUUUUGUAUCUUUUACAAGAAUUUAAGCUUGCAGGAAAGAGCAUCAUGUAUUGAGAAAUUUUUGGAUAUUUGUCAACACUUGGAAAAGCUGGGAAACUACAACUCUUUAAUGGCAAUCUAUGGAUCUUUAACUUCUCAGUGUGUCAGUAGAUUGAAAAAUGUCUGGAGUAAGGUUGAGCAAAAAUAUCAAGAUUAUCUUACCACUUUGGAUAGUUUAUUCAUGAUUCGUAAAAAGUUUGAAAAUCUAAGAGUGGCUCAAUUCACAAGAUAUACUCCAAUCAUACCAUACUUUGGACUAUUCAUGACAGAAAUGACACAAAUUGAAUCUAUUCACAGUACGACAAUCCAAAAUACUGAGCACAGAGACAAAUCAUUCUUCAACAUGGUAAAACUUGGACAAAUCUAUAGAAUUCACCAACAAAUUGAAACUUGCCAAUCGUAUGCAAAUCAAUACCUUUCUCUACCAAUUGAUACAGUCCUGUUUAAUAGGUUGCAAGAAGAAAUUAUUGGAUUUGAUUUACUCAAGUUGGAAUUAUUAUUUGAAAAGAAGGAGAAAUCCCCUUCUAGAUCUAUAAGCAUGGACAGUGGCUGCACAAGUACCUCCUCAGGAACUGAUACCUCUCUGACACCACGUCUUUCAGUUCAUAACGAUGAAGCUACUUUGGUCAUUCCUUCUGAAAGUGUAACCUCUCCGCCAACAACUCCAAGAGGAAAAAAGAAGAACAUUUCUGAAUUGGCAGAUAAGGAAUUUGCAACACUUAGUGUAUUAAUUUGUCCAAAACGAUCAAAUUCACAAACAGGAGGAACACCUAAUAGACUAACAGCUGACUCUUUUAUUGGAGGAUUGUGGGAAAAGCUCUCACCAAAACGUUUGAGUUUCUCGAAUUUCACCUUACCAGUACCACAAAUAACCGAUGGUGGUCCAACUUCACCCAGAAGAAGCAGUGUUACCACUGUCUCUCCUCGUCUCCUCUCUGUAGAAGAUGCUCAUCAUCAUCUUAAAAAAUUUUCAGACAGUGACUCCAAAUUAUUACAAUCAAAACAAAUAUCCAAUCUGAAUGUUAUAACCUCUCCUAGGUUAUUGGAAACAAAAUAAAUCAAAUAUUACUAGG